AUGCUGAUGCAAAUUCUCCAAGGGAAAAAGUCACAAGGAAUAUCUAUCGGAAACAUCGAGAAUGAGCAAAUUGUAUUCAAAAAGCAAUUGGAAGGAGUACAAGCUCAUUUAAAGAUUUUGAACAACCAAGUGGCACAACUCUCAUCUUCCUCAUCGAGACAACAAGGUACUCUUCCGGGAAAGAGUGAAGUGAACCCUCGAGAGCACCUUAAUGCAGUGGAGUUGAGAAGUGGAAAGCAACUCCCGGAAAUCGGUCCACCCAUGAGCGAAAAAGCACCAACACCAAGGCUAACGAGGGAAGAGAAAGGCAAAGCGGUGGAAGAAAGCAACUCCACGACAAACACCCAGGAAAAGGAGCCGGCCUACAUUCCUCCACCAGCUAAUGUACCUCCAAUCCCUUUUCCCUCUCGUUUAAAAAAGUUCAAUGAAGAAAGCCAGUUUGGAAAGUUUGCGGAGAUGCUGAAAAAGAUGGAGAUUACGAUGCCAUUCCAUGAAGCGAUUCUCCAAAUGCCUUCCUAUGCAAAGUUUCUAAAGGAUAUUUUGACUAAGAAGCGAGUGGUAGAAAAGGAAACGGUGGCCUUAAGCACUGAAAUCAGUGCCGCCAUUACAAGACACGAGCUCCCUCCGAAGAUGUCGGACCCGGGAAGCUUCUCCAUACCUUGCAAGUUGGGCAACAUUGAGAUAGAUCGAGCUCGAUGCGAUCUGGGAGCGAGUGUAAGUCUUAUGCCUUUAUCGAUCUACAAGAAGCUGAAUAUAGGGGAAUUGAAACCGACAAGAAUGGCUCUACAAUUGGCGGAUCGUUCGAUCAAGUACCCAGCGGGAAUAGUGGAAGAUGUACCCCUGAAGAUUGGUGGAUUUUACGUUCCGGUUGAUUUCGUGGUAUUGGAUAUGGAUGAAGACUCCAAAGUUCCAAUUAUUCUUGGUCGACCCAUUCUAUGUACCGCAGACGCAAUAGUUCAUGUUAGAGCGGGAAGGUUGACAAUGAAAAUUGGAGACGAAACUGUGGAAUUCACUCUCGAUCAGAAUCUCCGACAACCCUCCACCAAUGAUACAAUGCUUCGUGGAUGUCUUGGAAGCAAUGGUCGAAGAAGUGAUGGAAGAGUUCCGAGAGAUCGAUCCGUUGGAAAUAUCACUAAUGGCAACAAAUGA